AUGGAAGCUACCCCGAUGGAGCCGAAUGGCAUGGCCCAAUCAGGAGCGACUAUGGAACGCAUCAAAGUGUCGGCCAAAGGAAAGGCCAAGUCGACAACGACGGCGUCGACAAAAGGGAAGGCGAAGUUGAAGGCACCACCCAGGAUCACCGCAACAGUGCAGCAUUUACCAGCAACUGCCGCAGAAGGCGAACAAUUUCUGCCUGAUGCGUGGAGCGAAACCCAGCGCGAGUUGUUGCAACGUAUUCAGUUGGCGUAUCCAAGCGAUUUGGAGGACGAAACCAAGGAUGACCCCGAUGUGGCCCCAUCAAACAUUGGCAAGUGCAAGAAAGGCUUUCCGCAGCCCCUGCAAGCUACCACAACAGAGGGGGUCGAUGGGUAUGCCAAGUACCGUCGCGACACGGCAGCAGACCAGUACUGUGUGCCACACAACCCGUACUUGGUGCACAGCCACAUCAACGUCGAGCGACCGGACCUGCUUGACGAGGCACGGGAAUACGUUGAAGGACGCUACGUGACCUCCCUCGAAGCUAUCACACGCAUCCGCUGCUACGACCUGCAAAGGAUGUCCCACGCUGUCGAAGCAUUGACCGUGCACGAGAAAGACCAACAGCAUUGCACCUACGAAGAAACCCACGACGCAGAAUCGGUCGUUGCCAGUAACCAAAAGACCAAGUUGAUCUCCUUCUUCCUCGCUUGCGCGCAAGGCUUGACCGGGAUCAACGGCGUUCCUGCAAAGAACUGCCUGUACUUGGACUUCCCGCAGUACUUCCCAUUUCGAAAACACUGCUUCUUGAAAGACGAACUCCUUCCGAAGUGUAUACCUAACGUAUGCACCGAUAAGAUUGGCAAGUGCAAGAAAGGCUUUCCGCAGCCCCUGCAAGCUACCACAACAGAGGGGGUCGAUGGGUAUGCCAAGUACCGUCGCGACACGGCAGCAGACCAGUACUGUGUGCCACACAACCCGUACUUGGUGCACAGCCACAUCAACGUCGAGGUUUGCACAAGCAUCAAGGCCGUCAAGUAUCUGUACAAGUACGUGUACAAGGGCAGCGACCGGACCUGCUUGACGAGGCACGGGAAUACGUUGAAGGACGCUACGUGA